AUGCAGGCCAUGAAGAUGGUGGCCGAGAGGGAGGCUAAGGAACUGGCCAAGGGGGACGAGGAAGAAGACGCCGCCUACACCUCGGCAGAUAUCCAGGACCUACCCCAGCCGCCGUACCAUUUCAGGACUCCGGGCGAGUUCGGCAACGACACGCUUUGCACCGAUCCUGCGUGGCACACAGCUCUUCUCGCCUUUAGGUGGCUCGGGUUGCCCUAUGAGAUCGAGCAUGAAGAUGACGAGGACGAGGCGAUGCUGGAGAUGGGGGACGAGGUCUACGACGACGCCGAGGAGCUCUUGGCGGGACUGCCGGAGAGGGUGCUGCUUUCCGACUUCGUGGAGUCAUUGGAGCCAGAGAAGAACGCCGUCGCAAAGCUGGAGCCGGCGUGGACAACACUGCACUUCAACAAGGCCGGGAAGACUGACCUAGACACGGAUGAGCGGAGACUCAACAACUGCCUCGAGAAGAUUGAGAACAUUCUUUUGAAGCACGGGCCUGCUCGGGGCCCGUUCUUGGAGGGAGACGACCUGACUAUCGGCGAUCUCCGCCUCGCCGUCACCACGUACCACAUGCUGGCGGCCUUUGACAUCGAAAAGCAGUGGACGUUUCCGGAUAAGCUGGUGAAGCUCAAGGCCCACAUGGACCUCUUCCACGGAAUGCAGAUGUUCAACAUGGUCAUGCCUUCCCGUGAAGACUUGGCAAGAAAAUACGCCCUCUAGACACACACGUGGAUCUAACCCUAAGGUAGUCGGCACGCUCGCACACACAUAUACACCUCACGAGAGCAGACGAUGAGAUGGAAGCCGGGAGCAUUGCCCAACACCCUUGAGGACAGUUGUUAGUUUUUGCCCCACCGACCGACCGUGUGUGUGUGUUUGUGUCUUUUUCAGUAGCAUCGACCGUGCUAAUCGGCUGGCCAAUGGUGUGCGUGUGCGUGUCUUUUUCAGUAGCAUCGACCGUGCUAAUCGGCUGGCCAAUGGUGUGUGUGUUUGUGUCUUUUUCAGUAGCAUCGACCGUGCUAACCGGCUGACCAAUGAAGAGAUGUCAGUCAAUCUCAGUGCGACGGACUGCUCUCUUCGUGUUUUUGGGUGUGAAGUUGCCUCUAGGAUGCUCAAACACGUUGCUUGCCCCAUGUUGAGGUGGUUCUGUAUUGGGGGGGGGGGGGCAGGGGCGGCACCCCCCUAGGCAAAGCUAGAUAACUGCUUGACUCUCACUCCUGGUUAGGUUUUGAAUGCACCUCGUUGUGAUUUAGAUAGGGUUAGGCAUGACUGGACCCGCCGUGGAGAACACAUUACGAGAAGGUUGAGGAUUGGAUCACCGUGCCGCACCAGGCGCUUCGGGAGUUUCUACAAUACGCAUAGUACCAGGCUUUACUUACUAUUUCGUUGGCUCAGGCAGCGGACAGGACAAACUGUCCGUGUGUUGAUCAGGGCAAAUGCAUUUGUUGCUCUUGGUGUGGUUUUUGCGCUCGUCAUGGAAUGAAAUUCU